UGACUCGCAGUUUCUCCUUGGUUUGGUGUAUACUGAGCUUGUAGGAUGUGGCCAGCACAAAAAUAGCUCCCGUCGCUAGCGGCAGAACCAGUGGUGGUGGAUCAGUUUGGCUUUUUGCAGCUGACUGCUGAUCAGCUCGUCCUGGUGUUGUCUGAAUAACUUUUGACUUGAUCUUUUCUCACGAAGAACCUCCAAGUCAUAUAUAUUCAUCGAUCAGAGGAACCGGGAAUGACACAAACAAUACUUGACAUUAAAUGACACCAGUACUCCCAUAAAGUACUUAUGCAGUGGCCAAACAAUCACAUACACACAACAAAGAACACACUCAGUAGGUGGUCUCAGAUGACAUGUCCUCUCCAGAGAUCGCCUCUCUCUCCUGGGGCCACAUCGAGGUGAAGGGAUGCUCCUCCAGCUACAAGGACUGUAAGGUCUGGCCCGGAGGCAGUCGGGCCUGGGACUGGAGGGAGACCGGGACCAACCAUUCCCCUGGAGUCCAACCCGCCGACCUGGAGGAGGUGCUGAAGAAAGGAAUAGAUUUGCUGGUCAUCGGCAGAGGGAUGAAUGAAGCUCUUCAGGUUCCCUCCGCCACGCUGGACUUUGUGACGCAAAAAGGCGUCGACGUCCGAGUCCUGCAGACGGAGAAGGCCGUUGCCGAAUACAACAAACUGGCUGGACAGGGCGCCAAGGUGGGGGGGGUCUUCCACUCCACCUGUUAAUGAUGUCACCCUUUUGCCUGGCUGCACCAACCGAGCGGGCCUUACGCGGGACGGAGGACAGAUGCAGCUCGCUGGCUCUUCUCGCUCUCCGCUUCUUUCAGAUUACAGACCACUGAUUUAGAGUUUAGCUGAAAACAUCGUCAUGUCUAAUUCAAGUAUUGAACAUGAUAUUCUGCUGUAAAUCAAUACAUUUCCCCACUGCAGGACUAAUAAAAGAUUUUAUUUUAUUAUGAGAUAAAAAUGCUUCUUUUGCAUCCAUUUGAUUUCACAGGCCAAUUUUGUGGGAUGUUAAAGCACAACACCACUUUUGUAGAUUUCAGGUCAUGCAUUUCUGCCUGUUUGCUGCACAAAAUAAAAUAAACAGUCAUCUCCAUCA